GCAGCGCCCGCUCUGCGCUCUGUCCGCCCGCGGGAUGCUGGCGCUGAGCGCCGCCCGCCGCCUGCUUCGCCCGCCCGGGGACCUGCUGCCGCCGCCGGGGCUCGCCUGCAUGUGGGCGGCCGGUACCCGCGGCUGCAGCGGGGCCGGCGCCGGCUCGCCGAACCCGGUGGUGUACUUGGACGUGGGCGCCGACAAUCAGCCGCUGGGACGCGUCGUGCUGGAGCUGAAAGCUGACGUGGUCCCAAAGACAGCAGAAAACUUCAGAGCUCUUUGUACUGGUGAGAAGGGAUUUGGAUAUAAAGGAUCCACUUUUCACAGAGUGAUUCCUUCAUUUAUGUGCCAGGGUGGUGACUUUACAAAUCAUAAUGGAACUGGUGGAAAAUCCAUUUAUGGCAGUAGAUUUCCAGAUGAAAAUUUCAUACUUAAGCAUGUAGGACCCGGUGUGCUUUCAAUGGCCAAUGCAGGACCCAACACAAAUGGAUCCCAGUUCUUCAUUUGCACUGCAAAAACUGACUGGCUAGAUGGAAAGCAUGUUGUUUUUGGGCAUGUAAAGGAAGGAAUGGAUGUAGUGAAAAAAAUUGAGAGUUUUGGUUCCAAGAGUGGAAAACCCUCCAAAAAGAUUGUCAUUACUGACUGUGGCCAGCUGUCCUGACCUUUUGCCCUACCCUUCAUGACAACUUGGAUGCUGUGAAAAAUGAAUCAUAAAAACACCCAAACAUUUCUUAUCUCAAAAGUAGCACCUAUGGAACCGUGUUUUUUAUUUAGCUUGGUCCAACUUUUAUACUUAUACUGAAUAAUAUUGAUAAAAACCAUAAAAUAGUAACUGAAGCAUGUUGUAAGUGCACCACCAUGGUAGACACACUGGUUUGGUAGAGUCCCCUUGUGUUUUGCAAGAAGUGCUGAAGUCACCAGGGUGUACCUGACUGCAGUGUUGAUACUGUCCUUAGUAUUUGGAUGUUUCAGCUGUUACAAUGGGUGGUGGAGUUGACAGCAGGGGUUCUGCAUUUGGGGGUUAGGUAUAAAUUGAGAUAUGCCAUGUUUCCUUUGGUGCUAAUAAAUUCUUAUUCUGUU